AUAUAAUACAUCCAUGCAUGAUGCCAUUUAGCAACAGAUGAGCAACGCGAUACAUGUUCAUUUUUGGGCAGCCAGAGAUAAGCACUGCCAUUGACAGGGUGCUUUAAAGGUCUACUUCUGACUGUGUAAUGGUUGUCAGGGUCGCGGUGCUUCCCUUCCUUCUUGCACUGUAGGCUGGCCAGUGUUUUAGAGGCUUCCUUAUCCAGAAACCGCGUGUUAUAGCUGGCAGUCACUUUCUCUGGCGGAUCGCUAUGGAUGGGCUAUGGAUGAUAGCGCUGCUGCUGCUGAUUCCGCUCCUGCUGUGGACCAGCAGCACGUUUGUUUUUUAUUUCAAAAAGUGCUUUUACGUCGCCUGGAUGAUGUUGUUGGCGCUGUUCGCGAUUCCUCUGUGUAUACUGAAAAGCGGGGGCAGAGAUGUUGAAAACAUGAGGAUUAUCCGCGGCUUGGUUCGUCAUGUGAAGUAUUUCCUGGGCCUUCGAUUUGAUGUGAGCGGUUGGGAGCAUCUGCAGACAGAGGGACCCUACGUCAUCAUCUCCAACCACCAGAGCUCCCUGGAUGUUUUGGGCCUGAUGGAGAUCUUACCGGACCGCUGCACCAUGAUUGCCAAGAAGGAGUUGAUCUACGCCGGCACAGUAGGUCUUGUUUGCUGGCUGGGUGGCAUUGUCUUUAUCAACCGCAAGAAGACCAACGACGCCAAAAAUGUCAUGGCUGACGCUGCCAAAACCAUGUUGGACGACCAGAUCCGUCUGUGGGUGUUCCCAGAGGGAACGCGAAACCAGAGAGGUGGCCUGCUGCCCUUCAAAAAAGGAGCUUUCCACCUGGCGGUGCAGGCACAAGUCCCCAUCAUACCCAUCGUUUUCUCCUCAUACAGCAACUUCUACCUAAGGAAAGAAAAGCAGUUCAACUCGGGGACCAUCCGAUUGAAGAUCCUUCCAAAGAUCGACACAAAGGGGAUGACGUCAGAUGAUAUUUCCUCCCUCUCUGACAAAUCCUUCAACCUGAUGCGCUCCGCCUUCCAUUCUAUCUCUGACUCCGUAACCCAGAGCAACGGGCCGUCGCGGCACUGAAACAUUUACCAUGCUCGCGCCUCUUUUUUUUUUUUUUUUUUUUUUUUUCUCUCCUCUUAUGUCCCUGUCUGAGACCCAUCCCUCCCCCAGAUCUCCCCAGGUUGUCCCAUUACCUGGCCAGGAAACAACAUGACAUCGGUCUCUUCGGUCAUGAAAUCUCUUGUCUAGUUGACGCCCGGUCCAGUCUGCCUCUGGCCUGACCACACAGCACAGUCAGUCCCGACCCUCACUGUGUCUGCAGCAGCAGCAGCAGCGCUGCUCUGCACGCCGUGAGCGGAGUGACGGACGGCAAGCCGAAAACAGUAUAGAUGUGUGUUCUUCUUCGUGCAUGCCUUUUUGGAUGGCUCUGUCCACCUUCAUCUUUGCUUUGCUCUCUGGCUUUGAAAGCCUGGCUUUUUUCUCCUUUUUUUGUCUUACUUUAUCACCAUUUUCUACUGUUUCUUUUUGGCCUUUUUUUCCUCCACCUGCCUUCUGUUCAGCAGAUACUCCUCUGCAUUUUCUUUUUUUUCUGUUUUAUAAAUGACUUUAUUUUAGUUCUCCUUAGAUGCUCUUGCCCACGCAUACACACACAGACACACACGCACCCCACCUCCUUCCUUCUAGUGUGUCUCCCCCCCCCCCCGUUUCUGCAUUCCAGUCUCUUGCCUAAAGACAAAAGGAGCGGGGUCUCCGCGAGUUUUGGAGUGUGUGGAGGUGAGAGGUUGACACCGGUCGACUAUGGACUUGUUAAGUUCUGUCGCUGUGAAUUCAACUUUAUAUUCAUAUUGGCUUUUCAACUCUAUGACCAAUAGCUCCAUGACAUACUUCAUGAUGUUCGAAAGGAAGGAGUUCAGGAUUACAAGAUACAGCGUUUUAAUAACGAUAGCACCCCCAUCUGUACUGAAUUACUGGACUUAGUUGGACAGAUCAGUUUUCAAUGUUGUGCAUUGUGGGUGUAUCAUUGUACAUUUAUUCAUUCAUUCAGUCCGUCUGUCCAAAAGAUUUGAAAUAACCUGCGUGCAGCAUUGAGCAAGUGUCUUCUCAGUGUAUUUUUGCUUUCUAUUUAUUUCUCCAUCAGAUAACCUUUUUUAUUUUGUUGUUAGAAGUGAUUUUUGCUCCUUGGAAAGGAACUCACAAGUGAACCUAUUUAAGAUGUGUCAAAAGAUGAUGUCAUAUUGUACAAUGUCCAACUGCAUUUAUGUUCCAAAGUGCAAGCUUCCUGCUGUGCCAUGACUUAGUGUUUUUGGGAAGUUUCCAAAGUAAGACUAUUAUUAUCUCACUAUGACCUGCUUAAUCAGUCCUCCACUGACUGAUUUCACUUUACCAAUGAUAUGAGGUAGCUGCUGUUGCAGGAAAAAGGGUAAAACUUAUGAAGAAUUGUGAAAUGAUUUUCGAUCUCAAGCGCUUUUUGACCUGGUCUGAUUUUAUUUGUUCUGAUUAACUUGAAGAUUCACUAAUUACAAACAAAACUGGCAUACUUAAAUCUUUAGGGGUUGUCCCUGUGUUUUUUUUUUUUUUUUUUGUUUUUUUUUUAUCAGUAUAAAAAGUGAAUAACCAUUGUUUUAAUUGUGAUUCAUUCAACUUAACCUCCAUAGAAGAAUUUUAGAUUAUUUCAAAAGUUUGAUUGGUUUUUCUUGUUGCACCUUUUGAUUGUUCGGCUAGUUUGCGUAUGCUUAAUUUAUGUUGUGUAAUAUAUAUUGACAAUGACUUCUAACCGCAUAGAAUCGACUGAACUGUUUAGGUUUACAUCCAGGUCUUACAUUUUACAUUGCUCACUGCCUUUACACUGCAAAAUCACUUAUUUUGCCGCUUUUGCCCAUCAAACACCAUCUGAGAAUGUAUUUCAGCAUUCAGGAUAUUUGUGUACUACUAAUUGCAUCUUAUUGUCCUGUUGUUUAUAUUGCAUUAACGUGGGAUGUUGUCUUGCAUACAGUUGGUGUCACACAAGGAAAUGUAUUUUUUUUUUUUUUUGACCAUUUAAAUGUUGAAUUUAGAUUGACUUGUGCACGCAAACCUUCUGAGAUCAUCUUGUGAAUGGAUUUAUCAAUACUUUGGUACUAAGCCUGUACGUUCCUGUUCAUUGGUAGUUUCAGUGAUACCUGCUGGGCUCUCAGCUUUAAGUACAUGUGAUGGUCAGGAUUUCAUUUAUGUUCAAGGCCAGUAUAGAAUAUAGCCCCCUAUUAAAACUAAUUGGUCUUUUUGUUUUCUUAGUUUGAAUAUAUUAACAUUUUUAUUUGUAAGGGCAGAUUUUACCUUUGCAGCAAAUGGUUUGAAUGUUAUAAAAGUACUCUACCAAAUUUAUAUCUUCCAAAAUAUGAACUAUACCAUAUACAUUUUGCUAACGGGAGUGUUUUAUCCAUUUAGUUCCUGUUCAUUUCUUCGUUAUUUUGUAAUACAAAUGUGUGAUUUGUAAGCUUUGUGUCAUAAGCUUGAAGUUGUGGCGAACAGGCUCUGCAACAACCCUGCUGGUUGUUUUUAUGGCAGUUGUUUACGAACAAAGAUACUGUAAGAUAAAAUAUUCUAAGUAUUCUGAACCUUAAUAAAGCACUUUUCAUGCUGAGUUUGGGUGGAAAAAUGAAAAAGGACUUCAAGUAUUUUUUUUGGGAUUUUCACCAAAGCUAUUAAAGUGUAAUUAGUGGUAGCUUUACAUGGAUAUGAGAAAUGGAGCUGACAUCCUGCAGAGCAUUGUACGUGUGUGGUCCCUUACUGUAUGUGUGUGUGUAAACAUGCACACAUGGUAUAGACGCCCACAUAGUAUCUGGUUAUUAUUAAUGAUGUAGUAUUCUUGACUUCACCUAUUCUAGGUAAACGUGAAUGCCUUGCAAAAGAAGAAAUAAAAAUCAAAUCUUUUUUUUCUUAA